AUGUCCAACUCGGCCCAAGUCAGUGUUGUCGGUAUGGACCUCAGUAGCUCUAACUCGGUCUUUACAGAGAUGAAUGGCACUUCCAUCAACCAAGACUCUCUUUUAAUCUACAAGCUCAACCUAGAAAGAUCCAUUAUCGAAUACAGCCAAGUCUUAGAGUACAUAUCCAAUGGCCUUGAAGCAGGGGAGCACUCGUACACCGAGGUGUUGGCUCCGAUCGACGGGGAAGGUAGAGAAUUUUGGUGCCAAGCGUUAACGACUCCUCAGGGAUCUAUCAAGGUUGACAUAGGCGGUGGAGUCUAUAUGGAGAUGACAGCUUUAGACGCCCAAGCCUGGAUCUUGAAUACUAUCAAAGAUUUGGAGAAUAAAAUAAAAAGUACCUAG